GAGAGAGAGAGAGAGAAUGCCAGCUUGUAGGAGGAGAAGACGACGAACAAGUGUCGCACAGGCGGAUAAAAAGUUCCCAAACAAGCUUCAAUUCCAUCCAAGUACGGCGGAGGAGUGAAAGUUGUCGGUCCACAAGCGAGCGGGACGCGAAAGAGUCGACAUUUGACGACAUUCCACAGCGGGAAUGUCGCACAUUCGCUCGCGGGAGCGCUGAGAGGCAGCCGACGAAAAGCGCGAAAGCUUCGGUACAAUCUGGACACGGCGACGCGAUCGCGAUGGGGAAGGAGCAGGAGCUCCUGCAGGCGGUCAAGAGCGGCGACCUGGCGUCCACGCACAAACUUCUGUUCAAACUGAAAAGCAGCAGGAGCAAACUUUUAGGAUCUACAAAGAGACUCAACGUAAACUACCAGGACGCCGACGGCUUCUCGGCGCUGCACCACGCCGCGCUGACAGGCACCGCAGAGCUGCUGGCGGCGCUGCUGGACGCUCAGGCCGCCGUGGAUGUCAAGGACAGCAAUGGAAUGCGCCCGCUGCACUACGCAGCAUGGCAAGGCAAGUCGGACUCGGUCCUGCUGCUUCUGCGUUCCGGAGCGUCCGUCAACGGCGUUUCUCUGGACGGGCACAUCCCGCUGCACCUGGCCGCGCAGUACGGCCAUUACCAAGUGUCGGAGACCCUCCUGCAGCACCAGUCCAACCCGUGCGUCGUCAACAAGGCCAAGAAGACGCCGCUCGACCUCGCCUGCGAGUUCGGACGCGCCAAGGUGGCCCAUCUACUUUUGAGUAGCAACAUGGCUCCGUCGCUGUUGGAGGGCGAGCGUAAGGAGGCCAGCGACGCCGCCUUCACCACGCCGCUGCACCUCGCCGCGCGCAACGGACACAAGGACGUCAUCGGGAUGCUGCUGAAGGCGGGCAUCGACAUCAAUGCCACCACCAAGUCGGGCACCGCCCUGCACGAGGCCGCCCUCUACGGAAAGACUGAGGUGGUGCGGCUGCUCCUGGAUGCCGGCGUGGACGUGCACAUCCGAAACACGUACAACCAGACGGCGCUGGACAUUGUCAACCAGUUCACGACCUCGCAUGCCAGCAGAGACAUCAAGCAGCUGCUCAGAGACGCCACGGGGGUCCUGCAGGUGAGGGCGCUGAAGGACUUGUGGACUCUCCACGACCCGACGGCCCUCAACGUUCGCGCCGGGGACGUCAUCACGGUUCUGGAGCAGCACGUGGACGGACGGUGGAAGGGUCACAUCCACGACGGGCAGCGCGGGACCGACCGGGUGGGCUUCUUCCCGCCCUCCAUCGUGGAGGUCAUCAGCCGGCGCGGCGGUGGCGGGGGCACCCUCUCCCGGCACGCCUCCCUACCCGCUCAGCGCCAGUCCGGAGCCCCCCUAACCGGUUCCGCCCCUCACGGCGACGAGUCCUACUCCCCGUGCGCCCCAAUCGCUCUGGCCGCAGGCGAUCGCAGCAGCGCGGGCAGCAGCGAGAGCGUGGCCAGCACACGCAGCGCCGGCAGCGGUCAAAGCACCGAAAGCAACAACAACAACAGCACGCUCAACAACAACAACGCGCACAACGGGAUGGGGCAGCCCCCCGCCGCUGCCGUUCAGCACGACGACAAGGUGGCUGACUGUGGAGCCCUGCCCUUGAGCAAGCAGCCUCAGCAUCUCGCAGGUGCUGCCGCCCCCCGCAGGCCAACGCUGACGCCGCAGUCGGCGGCAGAGCAGACUUUCAGCAAGCAGCAGUUUUUUCGGCCCCAGCAGCUGCUGGACGGCAAGGACGCCGAGGCCAUCUUCCAGUGGUUGAGCGACUUCCAGUUGGAGCAGUACGCGGGCAACUUCAUCAGCGCCGGUUACGAUGUCCCCACUAUCAGCAGGAUGACGCCUGAGGACCUGACGGCCAUCGGCGUAACCAAACCGGGACACCGCAAGAAAAUCUCCAUGGAGAUCAAUAAGCUGAACAUGCCCGAGUGGCUCCCGGAGUACAUCCCGUCGGACCUUGGCGAGUGGCUCGGCGCCAUCGGCCUGCCGCAGUAUCUGAAAAGACUCGCGGAAAACGGCUACGACAGCAUCUGCAUUGUCAAAGACUUGACAUGGGAAGACCUGCAAGAGAUUGGCAUCACUAAGCUGGGCCACCAAAAGAAGUUGAUGUUGGCGGUGAAGAAGCUGUGCGACAUCCACAGGGCCAUUCUUCAGGCGGAGUCCAGCCAGGGGACGUUACGUCGCAAGGCUCCCGGAGCGCCGCACGUCGUCGCCAUCGAUCCGCCGGACGCUGGAGUGGAGUGCUUGCCCCCCCCCCGCACGCCAAUGACAAUGCUGACUUUCCAGGACAGCGAGCUGAGCGCGGAGCUGCAGUCAGCCAUGUCCGGCCACUACGCGGACUGCCAGGACGGCCCGUUCAUCAGGAACGCCGCAAGCCGGGAUGGCGAGGAAGCCCGGUGCCAAGGUUCCGGACGCUCCCAGGAACCUCCCGCCGCCUCGGUGGCCCCCCGUGGCUGGUCCCAGGAGAGCCUGGACGGCAGCCCUGCCAGAGAGCGGAACCUCCCGGAGGGUUGGGACCAGAGACCCGCUCACAAGUUGGUUCCUUUGGGAACGGCCACCGUCUUCAAGUACCCGGCCGUACCUGGGAAACCCAAGAUGUCCCCGUCUCGUGGAUCGCCUCCUCACGGCUCGCCGGCGUUAAAGGGCUUCAGCUACCUGAACGCUCACUGUGGCUCCGCGGGCCUCAGUGUGUCUGCCGGACCCCGGGAGCACGGCCGGGUUCUGGCGCCUCCUAAGAAACGAACCCACAGUCUGAACCGCCACGCUCUGUCGGACGGGGAACCAGACGAGGACGACGAGGAGCCAGCGCUUCCGUGUCGAAACGUCCCUUCGUAUGCCACACUGAGCCGCAAAGCUGGCCGCGCUCAAGUGCCUCGGGCGCAGUCCGGUCCAGACAAGAGCGCCAAGGUGGGCCGCAGUCAGUCUUUUGCCGUGCGAGCACGGAAAAAGGGACCCCCGCCGCCCCCUCCCAAGAGACUGAGCUCAGUCAGCAGCACCGCCAGCGGUGAGCUGAACGACAGCACCGCGGCGCCGGUUGGCGCUAUCCUGGUGACAGACGGCAGAACUGUGUCGUUCAACGGCAUCAUGAAAGAUAGCGGCGGCGCUUCGUCCUCGUCCUCGGGCGACGUGGUGACCGAUAAUCCGGGAAGCGUCCGGAGCAUCGCUGCCUCCCUGGAUGGCAGCAAAGAGACCCGAUCUCCUCCUGAUUCCAAAGCCGACCCUGAUCUGCAGGCUCCGCCCACCCCGGAGUCCUCAGAGACCCCGGGGCUGAGGAGUACAAGUGUGCACAGAGAGCUGGACCUCGGGUACAAGUCGGACACAGAAGAAACUGACUCGCGGUCCUCUCACAACAGCUCCAGCGAGUGCAUCCCCUUCGCAGAGGAGGGAAACCUGACCAUCAAGCAGCGGCCCAAGGCCGGGGCCCCGGCACCGCCGAGGGCAGAGGCCGUCAAGGUCCCCGAGGUGCCCGAGUUCAACCUGAAAGAGUCUGACACGGUCAAGCGGCGACACAAACCCAAAGACAAGGACGAAGGAUCCCUCUGCAGAGACCGGGCCCAAGGCGACGAGGGGGACCCGGAGGAAGCCCGUUUGAGGGUGGACGGAGGCUUACCCGUCAAACCUCUGCUGUCCCCGAAACCUCCGCUCGUGGCCCCCAAACCCGUACGACACAGCCUGCUGGCGGCCCAAGCCGGACUUGGAUCUCCGACCGUGAGCGUCAGCGUGGUCCAAAGUCUGGCCUUCGGAGCCGCGUCGUCCCCGUGGGCUCGCGGGCCGGCGGCGCCCUCACCCGCCUCUCUUAGCCCCGCACCCUCCUCCCCGUCGGCCGGCAGAGUCCAGGCCGACGGGAGUCCGGGCGGGACGGAGGUGGUCCGGCAGAGACUGGAGGAGACCAGCACAUCUCUGGCCGCGGCCCUCAAGGCCGUGGAGAGGAAGCUGAUCCUGGACGGCGACCGGGGGGACAGCAGAGACAACACGGUCAAGUCCGCAGGAAACAUCUUGGACGACAUCGGGAACAUGUUCGACGACCUGGCCGACCAGCUGGACGCCAUGUUGGACUGAAGGCGCCCUUCGAAAUGAAAGCUCAGGAAGCGACAUGAGGACAAACAGGGAGCCGCUGCUUUCAUUGUGAAGUGCUAAUAGGAUGAGGAAGUAGAUGGCAAGUCUUAGUUCUGUGCCACGUCUAGUGUCACUCGCUGAAAAUGUAUUUUUACACGGCCACCAGUUCAGGGUACUGCAUUGUCCGCCUUUCGUCCAAAGUUCGGCUCCGGCGCUCCCGUGAGACUUAUGAGGAUAAGUGGCUUGUGGUGAAACCGAGGGACCUUAAAGCUAAAAGCAGCCGGUACGGUCCAUUCGGCGUUGCGGCCGAUGCAAGAGAUUUGAAGGGGGGGGGGGGGGGAAUGGGAGCAAACAUCUCAUUUGUUUCCGUCCAAACUUUUCCAACUUGUUCUUCUUUCCUCCGACACCAACGGACACAGUCGACCGCUUUCCACGCAUUUCAGGUUUUUGGGACGAUGGCGACCACGCGACGGCGUACGGCAAGCGGCGAUUUCUAUUUGUCUAAGCUCGUUGGUUCUUACUAACGUGAUUGUUGUGGUUAUUAAUUCGUCUGCAACAGGCAAGAGUUGAGAAAAUGCUGCUUUUAAAAGGGAAGCGCAAAGAUUUUAUUUGAUUGUAUUAUUGAAUGCUUCUUUGACUCAAUUGUCCUCAACCAAAGUCUUUGUACAGAUUAUUAACGUGUUGAUAAUAUUUUUGGAUGUAUUCUGCACGCCCCUCUCGAUCCCGCAACCACGGCGGGACGGUCACGUGACCUCGGCCGUCCCGCUCGCACGUUUGUCCUUUUGAUACAUCCAAUGAAUUCAAAGAAAAUAUUAUUAUUAUUAUUACGA